AUGGCCGUCACGAUGAGCUCGCAAGCAUCCUUUGUCACAGCUCGCGAAGCACCCGAGUCCACCACCUCUCAACCGUCCAGCGAACCACGCUCCCAAGCCGCUCAGUCAAUACCAGACACCCCUCUCCAACCACUUUACCGUCCUUCUAAGCCCCUAACCUAUGCCGUCCGCAGCCACAUAUCCGUGUACCUCGAAGGCUCAAUGUACCACGAAGCCUUUACCUUCCUGACACACCUCCUCAAUGCCGGCACUGAUAUCUCAACACCCCACAGGCUGUUUCCGGCCUCCAUCCCCCCGCCGCAGUACCUCGCCAUGGCGGCAACACUGGCCGUACACCCCUCGCUCACCACGCGUACCGAAGACCGAGAGAAGCAGAGCGCCGCCAACUCAGCACUCCGCUACCUCCGGCUCGCCAACCGCGUCGUCGGCCCCCUCAACUCCGACCUCAGCGCCGCCUUCGCCUUCACCGAGCCCGGAAGUCGCACAGCGCGACGGCGUCGAGGCAGAGGCGCGGGCCGAACCGAGAGCCCUGACGAGGGCAGCGAUAGCGGGGGCGCGAGUAUUAAGAGUAGGUAUGCGGAGAGAGACUCCGUCUUCGCGCGCGGCGGCGACUUCUGGCAGGUCGUCGGCUGGGCGUUCAACUGCUCCGUGCUGCAUCCACGCCGCUGGCAGCGGUGGAGUUUGUGGUUGGAGAUGGUGCUUGAGGUUCUGGAAGCGGAUCUGGAGGCGCGGAUCGCGAAUGUGGAGGAGGCCACGAACAGAGGGGUUGUUUCGGGGGCGGAAGACACGAUUAUACAGAGUUUGGUUGUGAGGUACAUUGAGGAUGCGGGACAGGGCAGGACGGCGUGGCGGCGUAUGAUGCGCGCGGUGCUGGCCGAUGGGAGCAAGAAGGCUGUUAGUGAGUUUGGGGAGGUGUGGGAGGGUGAGGCGAGGGAGCCGCGGAAGAUGGAGGAGAAGAAGGCCAGGGCGAGGGAGGUGGAUAUUGAGGGGGAUAAGUGGGGGGAUUAUGAUCUUAGUGAUGAGGAAGAUGAGGUUGUGAACGGGAACGAGUCACAUCUUCGGGUCAGAUCAUCAAGAAAUUCGACACGGCAUACGUCUGAUCAUUCCGAGCAAAGCGACUCCGAAGGGCUCAAUGAAGAAGAUGCGGUGAAAGAGAGCAGCUCGGAACAUCUACUAGGCGGCCUAGAUUCGAUUCUGCUACGGCAGCGCACCAUGGCUCUGCUCUCCAAAAUCUCCGAACUCCGCCCAAGCGCCCUAACCCACCAAGGCGAGCUCUUCGACGUCUUCACCGAAUUCCUACGCCCCCUCCCCCUUCCCACCUUCAGCACCAUCCUUACAACCUCCGCCCUCUCCCCCGCAACCCUCGCAUCCCUCUGCGCCAACCUCCUGCUCCCGCUCAUCACCACCGCACCUCCCAACUACAACACCCUCCUCCUCUGCCAACCCGACCUCGAGCGCUUCUUCCUCCCCGCGCCCGCGAACGGAAACAGCUACGUCGACAACGCGAAAGUGUCGCUGCUGCUGCAGACAAUUGUGGUGCAGAUGUUCGCGAGCGGGAGGAUUGUCCCCACAGAGGCGUUUGGGGCGGCGGUUGAGGAGGGGGUUAGGGCGAGGAGGGAGAAGGCGAUUGGGGAUGCUAGGAAGAGGGGGAAGGGGAGGGAGGGGGAGGAGAAGGAGGCGAGGGGGGUGUUGGAGGGGAGUGAGAGGUUGUUGAUGGUUGUGCUUGAGGUUGUGGAGUCAGCCGCAGGAAUCAAACGCAACCGACCACCCCCUUUCGAUCCCUCGGACUCAGACUCGCCUCUUUCGUCAGUCCCACAGCUAUCGUUACCGUCGCAGUCGUCUUCUCUCUCAUCUGUUAUAAGCGAGCUCGAGGAUGAGGACGACGACGAAGAUAUGCUAGAUGAGAUCACAGUCAGGGUACCUGGUUUGUGA